UCGAGAAAUAGCGAAUAAUGGGUGAAAAACGGAAAAAUAAGGGAUAUUUUAUUUAGUUUAUUUUAUGUUAGGAAAUGAUCUGUCGACAAAAUGACCUAGUCUAUGAAACGACGGUCUGUAGAUGAAGUGAUUGCCGAUGAAAUGAACCUUACCCCCAAACUCCAAUCCCUCUGACCAUUUACUGUAUUUUUCUGCUAGCUACCAGAUCGUCGGGUUACCAAAGCAUGGGAGCCAUCCCCUUUGCAGAGGAUCAAACUUGCGAUGGCAAAUCUUCGGAUCAUCCUUAGGGAUGUUUGACAGGCUGUCGCCAAUAGCUCAUUGUGCAGCUCUAGUACGACGUAAAUAAAGUACCUACCUAUCUGCUAGCUAUCAAGCCUUAAUCAUAAGUUUCAUUAAUAGAAGCACAAAGCUAUAAGCUAACGCAACGAGUUCGUUGCACUUUUCUAUAAUCCACAUUCUAACCAACAGUCUAUAUUUGCGAAACAGUUGUGUAAUAAGAUGGAUCAGAAACAUCAGUUCAUCGAGCACAAGAUCAAAACUCUAAAUUUAGCCUCUUCUGCUGCAAGUUCUAUGGCCUAUGACAGUAUUGUUUCAGUUAGUAAUUCAGCAGAGUAUUAUUACUCACUGCUUAGUUCUGCUCCAAGAGACAAAGAAGUUCAAAAACAAUUGCAGCAGCAAAGAUUGAAAUUUGUACUGGAUGAAUUACAAAGAGAAAGAGAAGAUUCUUCAUUUUCCAGAAACUGCUUAUUUUGCUCUAAACAUUUUACAGGAAACAAGACUGUUAUUCUUGACCAUCUCAGGGAUCAGCAUAAUUUUGUUAUUGGAGCUCCAGAUAAUAUUGUGUUCAUAAAAGAGUACUUGGACCACUUAGAGACAUUAUUAAAAAGUUUGCAAUGCUUUUACUGUGAAAAAGUCUUUAAGGAUCUUAUGACCUUGAAGGAGCAUAUGAGAAAGAAACAACACAAGAGAGUCAAUCCCCAAAAUCAGUUUUAUGACAAAUUUUAUGUUAUUAACUAUUUGGAACUGGGAAAAACGUGGGUUGACAUACAAGAAGAAGACGAUAGAUUUUAUCAAGAUGGAAAUGAAAAAGAGAUUAUGGAUUGGGAAGAUGACAGAAAUUUAAUUACUUGCCUUUUCUGUGAGAAUAAGUUGGAAGAUUUUGAUGAAACUCUGCAACACAUGAAAGAUGAACACAGAUUUGAUUUUAGAUUUCUCAAGCAAGCCUAUCAAUUAGAUUUCUAUAAACAAAUUAAAUUAAUCAACUACAUUCGCAAAAAGGUGUAUGAAAAGGAAUGUACAUUUUGUGAUUCAAAGUUUAUUGUGCCUGAAGAUUUGUUAGAGCACAUGAUGGAAACAGGACACAUAGCGAAUUUUCCUAAUCCAUCAAAUUGGGAUCAGCCAAUGUACUUUUUCCCAACUUUUGAAAAUGAUAAUUUGCUCUGUGCUCUCGAUGCUGACGAUGUAGAUAGUCCAGAUUGUAUUGUAGUCCCUGAAGAUACAACUGUUCCAAACAAUAAUGUACUUGCCGAAUGAAAGAACUAUAAGAAAUUGAAGAACUUUAUUUGAAUGGAUGAAAGAACAUUGAAGGUGUCCUUCGUCAAGUUCUUUCACUGAGGAAAAUAAAAAAAUUCUCAGCUUGAA